UUACAAACAAAUUUAAACACAACCCACAUUUUCAAUUGGAUUAGAAUCCUCAAAUUUAAUCAAUAAUUUAUGACAUAAAAAAAUUGGAAAAAAUUUAACAGCUUGAAUACUGUUGUUCUUGUGGGGUGGCUGGCUGCUUUGGCUUUGUUGCCUGUUAGUGAUAAGCACGCCUGGCAGCUCAUCAUUCCCUCCAACUCCCUUCUUCUUCUCCUUCUCUUUCUCUCUCUAGCUUUUUCUCUCUCUAAAAAAACCAUUUCCUAUUCUUUCUCUCUCUACCCUUUUACUUUCUCUCUCUAAAAAACUUUCUUUCUUUUGCUGUCACCACCUUUUCUCUGAUCAAAUUUGAAUACAUUAUGCAAAUUUUUGGUUUUUUUAAUUUGGUUUCGUAAUUUUGGCAGCUAGAUUGGAUCUGGGUAUCUUGUAAUUAAGGUAUUAUUGUCAUCUCCAAUUUAUCAGGGAAAUCUUUUUUCUGUAUUCAAGAGAACAUAUAGAAAUUGAAAUAAUUGAAUUGCAGAGACAAUAUGGCUGUUUCGAUGAGAGAUUUGGAUCCAGCUUUCCAGGGAGCUGGACAGAAAGCCGGAAUAGAAGUAUGGCGUAUUGAAAAUUUUCGUCCUGUUGUUGUGCCAAAGUCUUCUCAUGGAAAAUUUUUCAUGGGCGACUCCUAUGUCAUUUUGAAGACAACUGCCCUAAAAAGUGGAGUCUUACGCCAUGAUAUCCACUAUUGGUUGGGUAAAGAUACCUCUCAGGAUGAAGCAGGUGUAGCUGCCAUCAAAACAGUGGAACUGGAUGCAGCCCUUGGAGGUCGUGCUGUACAGUAUCGUGAAGUUCAGGGCCAUGAAACUGAGAAGUUUCUAUCUUAUUUUAAACCAUGUAUCAUACCUCAAGAAGGAGGGGUUACUUCUGGAUUUAAACAUGUCGAGGCUGAACAACACCAAACACGCUUAUUUGUCUGCAAAGGGAAACAUGUUGUCCAUGUAAAAGAGGUUCCUUUUGCUCGAUCUUCCCUCAACCAUGAUGAUAUUUUUAUUCUAGACACAAAGUCGAAAAUAUUUCAAUUUAAUGGUUCUAAUUCAUCCAUCCAAGAGAGAGCUAAAGCUUUAGAAGUAGUCCAAUAUAUCAAGGAUACUUAUCAUGACGGAAAAUGCGAAGUUGCUGCCAUUGAGGAUGGAAAGCUGAUGGCUGAUGCUGAAACUGGUGAAUUCUGGGGUUUCUUUGGUGGUUUUGCUCCACUUCCUAGGAAAACAACCACUGACGAUGAUAAGACUGCCGAUUCUCAUACUCCUAAGUUGUCUUGUGUUGAUAAGGGCAAGGCGGAACCUGUUGAGGCAGAUUCAUUGACAAGGGAAUUGCUAAACACAAAUAAGUGCUAUAUUCUUGAUUGUGGAUUGGAAGUGUUUGUCUGGAUGGGUAGAAAUACUUCACUUGAUGAUAGGAAGACUGCAAGUGGAUGCACAGAGGAGUUGGUCCGAGGAGCUGAUCGGCCAAAGUCUCAAAUUAUUCGUGUAAUUGAGGGAUUUGAGACAGUGAUGUUUCGGUCAAAGUUUGAAUCAUGGCCCCAGACAGUUGAUGUAGCAGUAUCUGAGGAUGGUAGAGGCAAAGUUGCAGCACUUCUAAAACGGCAGGGAGUCAAUGUUAAGGGCCUAAUGAAAGCUGCUCCUGCAAAGGAAGAACCUCAACCGCAUAUUGAUGUCACAGGCAAUUUACAGGUGUGGCGUGUGGAUGGACAAAAAAAGGUUCUCCUUCAAGCUUCGGAUCAGUCAAAGUUUUACAGCGGUGAUUGCCAUAUCUUUCAAUAUUCAUACCCAGGCGAAGAUAAGGAGGAAUAUCUUGUAGGAACAUGGUUUGGGAAGAAGAGCAUUGAGGACGAUAGAGCUUCUGCCAUUUCACUGGCCAGCAAGAUGGUUGAGUCAUUGAAGUUUCUUCCUGCACAGGCUCGCAUCUAUGAAGGAAAUGAACCAAUCCAGUUCUUUUCAAUCUUCCAGAGCUUCAUCGUUUUCAAGGGUGGUGUUAGCACUGGGUACAAGAAUUAUACUGCAGAGAACUCACUACCAGAUGAGACAUACAAAGAGAGUGGUCUUGCUUUAUUCAGGGUUCAGGGUUCUGGACCAGAUAAUAUGCAAGCAAUACAAGUUGAGCCGGUUGCAACGUCUCUAAAUUCCUCUUACUGUUACAUAUUGCACAAUGACUCUACUAUCUUUACCUGGUCUGGGAACCUUACAACUGCAGACGACCAGGAACUUGUGGAAAGGCAGCUGGAUCUGAUAAAGCCAAAUUUACAAUCCAAGGCACAAAAAGAAGGUUCAGAGUCUGAGCAAUUUUGGGAUUUAUUGGGGGGUAAAUCUGAAUACCCCAGUCAAAAAAUUGCAAGGGAAGCUGAAAGUGAUCCUCACCUUUUCUCAUGCAUCUUCUCAAAGGGAAAUCUGAAGGUGACUGAAAUAUACAACUUCACCCAGGAUGAUUUAAUGACUGAAGAUAUAUUUGUCUUGGAUUGCCACUCUGAGAUCUUUGUCUGGGUAGGGCAACAAGUUGACUCCAAGAACAGAGUGCACGCUUUGACUAUUGGAGAGAAAUUUCUUGAGAAGGAUUUUCUGUUAGAAAAGCUAUCUAGUGAAGCUUCAAUAUACAUUGUUAUGGAAGGGAGUGAGCCAACUUUCUUCACACGUUUCUUUUCAUGGGACUCUGCAAAAUCUUCUAUGCAUGGAAACUCAUUCCAAAGGAAACUUGCAAUUGUCAGAAAUGGAGGUGCACCAAUUCAAGAAAAACCGAAACGGAGAACACCUGUAUCAUAUGGAGGACGAUCAUCUAGUGUGCCAGAUAAAUCACAGCGUUCCAGAAGCAUGUCUUUCAGCCCCGAUCGAGUUCGUGUGAGGGGCAGAUCACCAGCUUUCAAUGCACUAGCUGCUACUUUUGAGAGCCCUAAUACAAGAAACCUUUCAACCCCACCAACGGUUAGAAAGAUUUUUCCAAAAUCUGCGAGCCCUGAUUCGGAAAGUCUGGCUUCCAAAUCCGCAGCUAUAGCAGCACUUACUGCAUCUUUUGAACAACCACCACCAGCACGGCAGGUUAUCAUGCCCCGGUCUGUCAAAGCGAGCUCUCCGUCACCGGUACCAACUCCUGGGAAAUCGACACCUGAGACAAAUAACAAGGAGAAUUCUUUGGGUGGAAGAAUAGGGUCUCUCACCAUAAAAGAAGAUAUCAAAGAGGGCGAAGCUGAAGAUGAGGAGGGGCUCCCAAUACAUCCAUAUGAGCGCCUUAAAAUUAACGCGGAAGAUCCUGUUAGUGAUAUUGAUGUGACAAAGCGAGAGACUUACCUCUCAUCAGCAGAGUUCAAGGAGAAAUUUGGAAUGACAAAAGAUGCCUUCUAUAAGACGCCAAAAUGGAAACAGAACAAGCUUAAAAUGGCCCUGCAAUUGUUCUGAGCCUCCUUCAUACCUAUGCUUUUCCUUUAGCUCCCUACAGCCGGGGAAGAAAGCUUAUCUGCAAAUCUUGGGUGAGCUCAGUUUCUCUGAAGUGAAAGGGACAGCACCAGUGCAUUUUUAGCUGCUUCUGUUCCCAGGAAGAUUCAGUUUCUCUUUGAUUAAUGGACAAACCAGAGAUAUAUUUUCUCCAUUUUUUUUCCUUUUCUUCUUCUGUCGGGUGGUUUGAACGUGUCGCUCUAUUAACUGUUACCCCCUUUUUUGAUUGAGUUAGCUGCUUUGUUGUUAUUCUUUAUGACCACAGAUUUGUUGCGAGCUUGAAUUUUCGGUUUUCAUUUUUUUCAUUGAAGAAAAAAAAGGAAUUUUAUUUAUGUAGUGAUUAGGUGAUUGAGAAUGCAGACAGUUUAGGAUUGUAUUCUACAAGUUGAGGAUGAAAAGUGUGUAUAGAAGAGUGUAAAAAUGACUCAUUUGUUUUGAAAUAAGAGUGUGUCUGCCUUUAUUUUUUUA